UCUGCUGCAUGAUUGUUGUGUACAUGUAUGUGGUUUUCACUGAAUUGAGAUCCUUCCAUUCAGAUCCGCACAACGUGAAAGCUUAUUUGUGAACAACGUGAGCUGUAAAAUUACAAAGAUCUGUGGAUGUGACUCCAAUAUAUGAUAUAUCAACCCAUAUUUUGCAGCUAGCAAGUUCAUGAACAGUCUCCCUUACUGAGACGACUUGGCCGUCGACAUGGCGUCAACAGAGGACGAUGAUAAACAAGCCCUGGUCAUUGAUCACGGAUCGUUCGAAAUACAAGCGGGGUUCGCCGAAGAAGACGCACCACGCACCGCUUUCCAGACCCUCGUCGGAAGACCACGACAUAAAAAUAUCGCUGGUCUGUCCAAUACUUUGGCUGACAGCUACGUCGGGGACGAGGCCCAGAGGAAGCGAGGAGUUCUGACCCUUACCUACCCGAUAGAGCGAGGUGUGGUUACAAAGUGGGAUGACAUGGAAGCUGUAUGGAGUCAUACUUUUUCCGAAUUGAAAUUCAACCCCCAAGAAGAACGAGCCGUGCUCUCACAAAUCCCCAAUAAUCCAAAGCCGAACAAAGAGAAAACGGCAGAGAUAUUUUUUGAGAAGUUCCAAAGCCAUUCAAUCUGUCUCGCAAAUCAGGCGGCUCUCGCCCUCUAUUCUUCUGGCAAGACGUGCGGACUCAUCGUCGAUUCCGGACAUGGCGUCACCCAUGUUGUGCCGAUCCACCAAGGGAACCCACUCCCUCCUACAAUUCUUCAAAUGGACCUCGCUGGCAGGGACAUGGAUGAAGCACUAUUCUAUUAUCUUGUCAGUGAACAUGGAUACAGUGGAAGAUUAUCUGAUCUCCGUGGCGUCAAGGAGAAGCUUUGUUACGUUGCGCUUGAUCCUGACAACGUAAGCCAAGCCAGUACAGCAACGGAUUCAUCCAGUCAGAACACCUACGAGCUGCCGAGUGGAGAGACAAUCACCAUCGAUCCUGCAGAGCGCUUCAGGAUCCCGGAAGCUCUGUUCAAGCCAAGCAUAAUCAAGAAAGACUUCUUGGGUAUCCACGAGAUGGCCUACAACAGCAUCAGUGGCCUUGAAGGCGAUGUCCGCAAGGACCUUCUAAGGUUGGUCUACCUUGUGGGAGGUUCUACCUUGUUUCGUGGAUUCAAGGAGAGAAUGGAACACGAACUGACAGCCUUGGCUCCCUCGUCCAUGAAGGUGCAUGUCAUCGCUCCUCCCGAGAGGAAAUACUCCGUCUGGAUUGGAGGUUCUAUUUUUGCUUCUAAGAGACCGUAUCGCGAUGAAACGCAUUGGGUAAGCAAGCAGGAGUACGAGGAGAUUGGUCCGGAUGUGGUCCAUCGGAAAUACCUUUAGACAGUGUCUGCAGAGAUAUUUCUGUAACCUGUUAGCUCCCUUUCUUGCGUUGUUCCAUGAGGCGAAAUGUUUGAAUGUCCGUCAUAAAUAUCAAGACACAUGAAGAUGACCAUUGUGGUUUUCUAGGAACAAAUUGCAACUUGUUGUUUGUCUACUUUAAUUCUAUUUUGUUCCCUGGAAAUAUGCCCUUAUCAACAUUUUAUGUGGCAAUAAUGUAGAUAAUGUACAUGUUUUAUGAAUUAUAUAACUAUGAAUAAAUUCUUGAAUUAAAUGAAUAUUCUUAUGCUGAUAAUAAUUUUUAUAUUUUUGUUGACAUUUCAUUGACAAGUAUACCCUAAGAUGAACAUGAAUAUAAGCGUGGUACCAUCUAAGUUUCAGGUUUUACUCUACUUUAUUACUGGUAAACAUUUCGUCAAAACAGUUUAUUUAUCAACAGUUAUUUCCAUGAAUAUAUUAACAUUAUGCAUGUUUUGCUUGGUUCUCUAUCAUUCUGUAAACCGUUGUUUUGGAAAUAAAUCUCAGACCAAAUUGUGAAUCCAGUCUUGUCAAUUUCUCGUUUUGCCAGAUGGGAUAUUAAGGGAAUUAUAUAGAAUGCAUUUGCUAUAGUUCUUAAACAAAGGCAGAUUAUUGGGGAGAUAUGUAGCGACCAUGCUUUGUACAUGUAGAUUUUAGCUUGCUGCGGAUUUAUAAGAUCUGUUUAUACAUAAAUGGACUUUCCGGAUGAAAACAUGUAUUGUCUGUUUUGA